AUGACUGAACCCAAGGCUGGGAGUUCGAGCAAGACGAGCGUGGCUGCCCGCCGGAAAAGACUUUGGAGGAGUGUCCCCUACGGAGCCACCCUACGACAUCUGCUACUGCUGCCCGAACAACAGAUGCUUGAACCCUCACAGGGUCCAGGAGAAAGGUGCGGAGGAGACUACGAUUUGUCUGGACCUUGUGCCGAGGGCCUGGUCUGCAGGCCUUACUAUGGUGGAGAAUAUCCAGUCUGUUUUUGGAAACUUGGAGAGGAAUCGUCCUCCUCACGUAUCUUUUCUGGUGCUCGUGAAAAGCAAAGUCCACUUUCAAGAGAAAACCACAUAAUUUUAAUUCAGAAUCCUACCUCCGGCAUCUGCGAUUACAAUUCAGAGCAACGAGAACUCAGGAGAGAGUUGGGAGGCAAAGGAAGGAAUGGUUCAGCUAAGGGCAGUACCUGGGGUUUACCUGUAAUCAGAGACUGGCAGAUGAGGAGAAGCGAGGAUGAGGUUUUAUUUCGUCUCCAAAUACAGAUUCCGGGAGAGACAAGUCGGUUAGAGACAAGUGCUGGAUUCCUCGAAGAUGCUGAAAUGAAAAAAACAGUCAGGAAAGAUGACCAAUGCACUCUGAGGGACGGCGGGCAAAGCCCGCCGAACCGCCCAGGGGCGAGCGAGCGAGCCACCGAGGCACGCCGGAGUCCCCACCAGGCGGGCGGGCCCAGUGGGCCCGCCGAGGUCCCCGGGGCGGGCGGGGAGGGUCGGGCGCCAGGUGGGGCCCGCCGAGGUGGGCCCGCCGAGGGCGUCCUGUGGGCCGCCGAGGUCCCCGGGGGGGGCGGGGCCAGUGGGCCCGCCGAGGUCCCAGGGGCGGAGUGGGCCUGUGGGCCGCCGAGCCCGUCCGGGAGUGGGCUGUGUUGGGCCCGCGAGGUCCCAGGGGCAGGGCGGGCCAGUGGCACGCCGAGGUCCCCGGGGCGGGCGGGCCAGUGGACGCCGAUUGGUCCCCGGGGCGGGCGGGACUGUGGGCCCAGCCGAGGUCCCCGGGGCAGGUGGGCCAGGAGGCACGCCGAGGUCCCCGGGGGCGGGCGGGCCAGGAGGCACGCCGAGGUCCCCGGGGCGGGCGGGCCAGGUAUGCACGCCGAGGUCCCCGGGGCGGGCGGCCGCCCGCCAGGAGGCCCCAAGCGAGGAGUCCCGCCGGGGAGGGCGGGCCAGGAGGCCACGCCGAGGUCCCCGGGGCGGGCGGGCCGGGGGCCCUAUGAGGCCCCGCCGAGGUCCCCGGGCCCGCGGGUCGGGGCGGGCGGGCCGUGGGCCCGCCGAGGUCCCGGGGCGGGCGGGCCAGUGGGCCCGGACCCCGCGGGAGGUCCCGCCGGGAGGGCCCCGGGGCGGGCCAGUGGGCCCCGAGGGUCCCCACGGGAGUUGGGCCCGGGCCGGGAUCCCCGGGGCACUGGGGGUCCCGCCGAGGUCCCCGGGGCGGGCGGGACUCCCCCUCCCCGGGGCGGGCGGGAGUCCCGGUCCCCUCCCCGGGGACGGGCCUGUGGGCCCCCCCACUGUGGGCCCGCCGAGGUCCCCGGGGCGGGCGGGCCUGUCCCGCCUUUCCCGGGGCCGGGCCUCCCGACCGCCGGGCCCUCCCGCCGGAGGUCCCCGGGGCGGGCGGGCCAGUGGGCCCGCCGAGGUCCCCGGGGCGGGCGGGCCAGGGGGCCCGCCGAGGUCCCCAGGGCGGGGCCCGCGAGGUGUCCGGGAUGGGGCGGGCCAGGCCCCGGGCGGGCCGCCGAGGUCCCCGAGGCGGGACGGGCCUGUGGGCCCGCCGAGGUCCCCACGGGAGGUGGGGCGGGCAGUGGGCCCGCCGAGGUCCCCGGGGCGGGCGGGCCAGUGGGCCCGCCGAGGUCCCCGGGGCGGGCGGGCCAGUGGGCGCCGCCGAGGUCCCCGGGCGGGACGGGCCUGUGGGGCCCGGCCGAGGUCCCCGGGGCCCGGGCGGGCCUGUGGGCCCAGCGAUGGUCCCCGGGGCGCAGGGCCAGUGGGCCCGCCGAGGUCCCCGGGGCGGGGCGGGCCAGUGGGCCCGCGAGGUCCCCGGGGCGGGCGGGCCAGCCCGCGAGGUCCCCGGGGCGGGCGGGCCAGCCCGAGAGGUACCGGGGCGGGCGGGCCAGUGGGCCCGCCGAGGUCCCGGGGCGGGCGGGCCAGUGGGCCCGCCGAGGGUCCCCGGGCGGGGGGAGGCGUGCCUGGGCCCGGCCGGCCCAGGUCCCCGGGGCGGGCGGGCCAGUGGGCCCGCCGAAGGCCGGGCGGGAGUCCCAGUGGGGCCCGCCGAGGUCCCCGGGGCGAGGGCGGGCAGUGGGCCCGCCGAGGUCCCCCGGGCGUGCGCCAGGUGGGGCGGGCCCCCGAGGUCCCGGGGCGGGCGGGCCAGUGGGCCCGCCGAGGUCCCUCGGGCGGGCGCCAGUCCCCGGGGAUGGGCCCGCCGAGGUCCCCGGGGCGGGCGGGCCAGUGGGCCGCGAGGUCCCGGGGCGGGUGGGCCGCCCGCGGGCCACUGGGCCACCGCCGAGGUCCCCAGGGGCGGGCGGGCCAGUGGGCCCGCCGAGGUCCCCGGGGCGGGAGCUGGGCCCAGGUGGGGCCCGCGAGGUCCCGUCCCCGGCGGGCGGAGCGCGACUGGGCCCCGGGCGGGCGGCCACUGGGCCCGCCGAGGUCCCCGGGGCGGGCGGGCCAUGUGCCCGCCGAGAGGCCGUGUAA